AUGUCUUCUUCCCAGCAGCCAGCUCCCGUCGGAAGUGCAAAUGUAACUGAUAUUGAUGCUAUGGUACACGAGACCUACGGUCACGUCGGCGAAGGCCUGAGCGUCAACGAUCAAACGUCACCAGCAGAUCUACGAGCAACAAAGCAACGCUUUCACCGUCGUCGUGAUCUGGAAGCGUUUGCGAGCUUCCCGGAAGGCUAUAUCUUCAUCAAUCAACAGUACAAGACGGAAUGCCGUGAGCCAAAAGGCAAGCAGCGGGCUGUCAUCCUGCUGUCACCUCCCGAUCAGGUUGCUGUGCAAGGUACGGGCAAGAAGUGGACUCGCCGAGCUCGCCAUGAAGAGGCAGAUGGGCCUGCUCCUUACACCCGGGAGUGGUACAGCUUCUACCUUGCACAGAAUCUUCUUCCUGGUUUCUGA